AUGGAGGAGACGCUGCUCUCCACCCCCAUCAACCCCAACAACUUCCCCGCCAAACUGUGGCGGUUGGUGAACAGCCCUCGGUACCGCUCGAUUCGCUGGGACGGCCGCGGCGAGGGGCUGCUCAUCGACCAGCCGCUCUUCGAGGCGGAACUGCUCAGCCCGCCCGGGGCGGGAGCUGGAGUCGGCAGCGGGGGCGCUGCGGGCAGCGGGGGCGUCGGGGGUGCUGGGGCUGAGCCCGAGCUCUUCAAAACCACCAACUUCACCAGCUUCAUCCGCCAGCUCAACCUCUACGGCUUCCGCAAGGUGGUGCUGGGCGGGCCGGGCGCUGCGGGUCCCGGGCCGGGGCCGGGGGGUGGCGGGCCGGCGGGCGAUGGGCCGCUCCACCAUUUCCACAGCCCGCACUUCCGCCGCGACCAGCCGCAGCUGCUCGUGCACCUCAAGAGGCUCACCAGCGCCAACAAGGCCAAGCUGGCGGCCGGCCUGAAGGUGCCCUGCCGCCCGCCCAACCGCUUCCAGAGGCUCCUCAUCACGUCGGCAUCCGCCUCCGCGGCCUCGGCCUCGGCCUCGGCCUCGGCCUCCGCCUCCACCUCCCCACUGCAGCACCAGGAGCCGUCGCCGCCCUCAGGACCCCGGCCCGAGCCGCACGGACCAGUGGCUGUAGGACAAUUUCAUCGGUCAUUCCGGCGAGACAGUCUGUCUCCUUAUUCCUACGUAUCAACUUCAUCCCACAACCACAAUACUUUCUCUCUGAAAGGGUUAGAUCGGACCCCGAUUCCUCCUAGAACAUGGCAGAACUCCCUUGGAAUGCACCCAGGACAAGUAGAAACGUCUCCCACUUUUUCAGAUAAAGGGGUUCCAUUUCCUGUACUGCAGAGGUUUCCAACUGAAGUUACCUAUACCCUGCAGCCCAGCACCACAUCUGUACAUGUUCAGCAAGGUCCUCAAACAAUGGUCAGCUCCUCUCAAAAGUAUAGUAACUACACACCCUCAGCACAGUACUCCCAAGCCUACUAUCCAACAGCUGUGUUACAGUGUUGCUCUCCUUCUACCCACAUGGACGCUCUCAGUAGUUGUGUUACUCCCACUGCCUCUACCUAUGCACACUGCAACUACUUCCAGAAUCCUCCAAUGCAAUCCUCCUAUCCAGUUGAAUUUCUGCCUUCUAAUUGGCCUUGCAGUACUACUGAUGAAAAUAAAAAGACAGAAGUAAACCUAGAGGCUGUUUUUCGCAUCCUAGAUGAGUUGCAUUCCUCCCCUAAAUUGGAGAUGGUAAAGGUGGAGCCUGUUGAGAAUCAGUGCUCAACAUCUCAGUCUAGCAGAGGCCAACAUAUCCUACCUAAUUCAGGCAACAGCAAUCCGUCUUCCACAAGUCAGGCUAGCCAGCUGGAGCCACUUACUCCUGUAGGUUCAGAUAUUACAUCUUUUGUGGUUGGAACAGAACAAGCAAUUACCUGCUCUCUACCACAGUCACCUGAGUACAUGUAUACCAUCCACACAGCUCAGCCUGUUGAAAAUACUACAAUGCAGGAAUCUACAGCCAUCCAACAAACUCAUGUCAAACUGAAGGAGCAGCUAAGUAAGAAUCCAUCUCCAUCUUCAGUAGUAUUUGUGCAGGAAGGGCUCUCAUUCAGCCCACAAGAGGUGGAUGCCAGUAUAAAAUGCCAGACCAAUCCACCUGAGAAUAUUUUACCUUCAGAACAGAUGGGAUUCCUUAUUUCAGAGAUGGGGCCUGCUAGCAAGCCUAGAAAAGACACAGGUUUAUCCACUCCAGCCAGAUACAGAGAGCGAAGAAGCAACUCACAGCAAGGAAAGUCCCCUGAUCUUCAUCUACUCGUGGACGUGGCCUGUAAGCAAGAGCACUUUCCAAAGGAGGAAGAAUUAAAAGAGUGA